CGAUUUGCCUGAAAGUCUAAGCUCGGGGAAAAACAACCGGAAGUGCUCCUGUGCGUCAAAGGCCAACCGCGUCCGGGUGGCAAAACAAACCGCCUGCUAAGCAUAAUAACAGAGGAGGAGGUCGGGUUCAUUCUUAACAGUGCAAAGAAUCACUGGGUUAUAACUAAAGUUCCGUCUCCUCCACUGCCACCAUGGCUGCUGCAGCUGUUGUAAGAGGUUCGGCUAUUGUGCCUAUUCGAGGAGCCGGCGAUGGCAUGGAAACUGAAAAACCACCAGCCAUACUGGAGGUCAUCACCGACGCCCCGCCACCAGUUUUACCUGAAGUUCCUCUCCUCAAAGUAGGUAGCCCAAAGCACAGCCUGAAAUCUCCACACGUCACAUCCCCUGCAGCCCCACGGCCACUCGGGGUACUUCACCUGGGCAAAGUGAAUAGAGAGGCAUGUACAGAACUGGAAGCUGUGAGGAUCAUUGUGCCCCGAGCUGCUAUCACUCGGAGCGGCCGAGCGGGACACACAGAGGGAAAAGGCGAGGCGGGGCGGCAGGCUGAGGAACAGGGCUCUCCUCCGCUGGUGGAGGACUGGAGAGGACAGCUAGAGAAGCUGCAGAACUCUGAACGCCGGCUCCUGCAGGACAAAGAAGGCCUUUCCAAUCAGCUCCGUGUGCAGACAGAGGUGAACCGCGAACUAAAGAAACUGUUGGUAGCAUCAUUGGGUGACGACCUCGAGUACCAGUGUGGGCGUCUUGCACGGGAGAAAAACCAGCUCAUUCUGGAGAAUGAGGCUUUAGGUCGAAGUCUUGCACACACCGCCGAGCAGCUGGAACGUAUGAGCAUCCAGUGUGACGUCUGGAGGAGCAAGUUCCUGGCCAGCAGGGUCAUGGCAGAGGAACUGACAAAUGCCAGAGCAGCUCUGCAGAGGCAGAUCAGAGAGGCCCAAGGAGCGAUUCAAGACCUGCUUUUGGAGAGAGAGGAGUUCUCGAGGGACAUGGUGCUGAGUCACAGAUCCCUGGAGCAGCUCCUGGUGUCUUUGCAGUGGGGCAGACAGCAGACAUACUAUCCCAGUGCACAGCCUCUCAGCAUUGGAGAGCUAGCUGCAGCCAAUCACAAGCUAUCAGAUGCCAUUAACUCCCAUCUGUUGGGAAAAAGCAACUCUAGGGGCAACACAGUAAAGAGCAGUAGUGCACCUGCUGAGCAUCUCUGCAGCACACCAGCAGAGAAGAUGGCUGAAAAGGUGCUGAAGGUUUUGAAUCCGAUCUCUUGUUCAGAAAACAAGGCAGAAGCUCCACUCAGCGAUUCCUCCUCCCCAAACUUUCUAAUUAGUAAGAAGAGCAUCGGCAGGUUUCACCCUUACACCCGCUAUGAGAACAUAACCUUCAACUGCUGCGAACGUUGCACCGGGGACAUCAUAGUUCUCUAGAUUGUCCACAUUUGACACAGGAAGCAUCAGUCAGACGUCGGGGGACCACAGGUGGAGCUGUUUUAAUGCACAGAAAUCAUGACUGUUGCUUUCGUUUUAAUGAUUUUUAAACCGGAUUGUUAGCUUAUUAAGUUAUUGAGAAAGAUAAAACAAGAAAGGCAAGUCUGGAACUAGGAAAGCAUUUCAACUCCAUUGUAGCCCAAUUGAAAUCUUGUUUAUUACUGUGAUGUGUGGUCAGAGUGAGUCAGUGUUACACUGUGAACAGAUACGAGUGCUGGCUUAGUGUUAGAUGGAACAUAAUGCUGGUUUUUGUUUUUUUAUUUCAAUUUCUACAUACAGUACAUACAGCAGGGAGUAAUUGAUGAGGAUGCAGGUGACAGGAAGUUCAGACGUUAAAGUAAUUGCACAUAAGUGUAGGUGCCUCGUUUUUUGAGGUCUUUCUUCCACUUGAUGGUGGUUUUUUUUUUUUUUUGGUUAGUUGUUACAGUAUAUUUGGUUCUGGAUGAUGUAAAAAAAAGAAUUUGAACUGGUGGAACUGUGAUAGAUCAGUUUUGUGCAGUGUUACCUAAAGAAAAAAUCCUGAUUUGAUUUUUCUGAUUUACUGACAAGCCAGAUUCUGUUUUAUCUGGUUAUUUGUAUUUGCUUUAGAAUACACUAUGAAUUUACGUCUACUAUUAUGCAGUAUUUGAGAAAAAAACAACCUGUAUGUUAUUUAUCUUUAUUUGAUCUGUAUAGAAAACGUCACAGUAAUGGGUAUGCUUUUAUUUUACUGUGAAAUUGUAUCAAAAUAUUAAUUAUUCAUCUUCUGUUUUCUUUGUCAGACUAAAAUAAAGACCAAAGCAGUUUCUACCUUU